AGGUAUCCACUUUUUAAACUCAAUCUGUGCCAUCAACACUAGAAAAUAUCUCUGUAUCACUAAAUAGUUUGCAUUGCCUUUAAUUCAUCAUGUGCCCUGCAGAACAUGACUGUCCCUUCCAAGAUUUGCUGCAGCCACUUACUGCAGCUGGUGAACAGUUUACUUACUUCAACAUUCCUGCUCUAAAUCCCCAGAAAUAUGAUCGUCUGCCGUUCUGCAUCAGAGUGCUGCUUGAAUCUGCUGUCAGAAACUGUGAUAAUUUCCAGGUGCUGAAGAGUGAUGUGGAGCGGAUUUUGUCAUGGGAAGAACACCAACGUGCUGGUGUAGAGGUCCCAUUCAGGCCAGCUCGGGUGCUACUCCAGGACUUCACGGGUGUGCCUGCCGUGGUUGAUUUUGCUGCAAUGCGAGAUGCUGUCAAGAGCCUCAAUGGCGACCCAGCGAAGAUCAACCCAAUCUGCCCUGCUGAUCUGGUCAUUGAUCAUUCUGUACAAGUUGACUACACACGCAGUUCAGAUGCCUUACUUCGUAACCAGAAAUUGGAAUUCGAGCGCAACAGAGAGCGUUUUGUUUUCCUUAAAUGGGGUGCUUCUGCUUUUAAGAACAUGUUGAUUGUUCCUCCUGGUUCUGGCAUAGUGCAUCAGGUUAACCUGGAGUUCCUGGCUAGGGUUGUGUUUGGGUCGAGCAGUGGUGGAGGUGCAACCCUAUACCCUGACUCCCUGGUGGGUACGGACUCCCACACCACCAUGAUCAAUGGACUUGGGGUUCUGGGUUGGGGGGUUGGAGGCAUCGAAGCCGAGGCUGUGAUGCUUGGUCAAGCCAUAUCACUGGUGCUGCCUGAGGUCAUCGGGUACAAGAUCACUGGCGAGCUAUCGCCCCUCUCCACCUCUACAGAUGUGGUGCUCACUAUCACCAAGCAUCUGCGGGAGGUUGGAGUGGUGGGGAAAUUUGUUGAGUUUUUCGGUGCGGGCGUGGAACAGCUGAGCCUGGCUGACCGGGCCACGAUCAGCAACAUGUGUCCUGAGUACGGCGCCACAACCGCCUACUUCCCUGUGGACCCUGCAGCUUCUGCCUAUCUCAAACAAACCGGCCGUGAUCAAAAGCAAAUUGCAGUAAUCGAAGCUUACCUGAAGGCUGUCAAGAUGUUCCGCAACUAUGGAGACUCGUCCCAGGAUCCUGUCUACACUCAGGUUGUGGAACUGGACUUGGCUUCAGUUGUGCCCUCGAUGUCAGGUCCUAAGAGACCACAUGACCGCGUUGCCGUCGAGCACGUCAAGGAAGACUUCCAGCGGUGUCUCUCUAAUAAGGUUGGGUUCAAGGGCUUUGGCCUGCCAGCUGAGAGUUUGAGCAAGAAAGUGCCCUUCACAUACCGAGGUACUGAGUACACCCUCAGCCAUGGCUCCGUGGUCAUCGCGGCCAUCACCUCCUGCACCAACACCAGCAACCCUUCCGUCAUGCUCGGCGCAGGGAUGUUGGCACGUAACGCAGUGGCGGCAGGACUGAGCGUGGCGCCGUACAUCAAGACGUCGCUGUCGCCGGGCAGUGGUGUCGUGACGCACUACCUCGAACACUCAGGGGUCCUACCCAGCCUCAACGCCCUUGGCUUCGACGUCGUCGGCUAUGGCUGCAUGACCUGCAUUGGAAACUCAGGCCCUCUUGAUGAUGAAGUUCUUCGAGCUAUUGAAGAGAACGAGCUUGUGUGCGCGGGUGUGCUGUCUGGCAACCGCAAUUUCGAAGGCCGCAUCCACCCGAGCACCCGCGCCAACUACCUCGCCUCCCCUCUACUGGUCAUCGCCUACGCCAUUGCCGGCACUCUUAAUAUUGACUUCAAGACCGAGCCUCUCGGCUACAACAAGGAAGGACGCCCCGUUUUUCUGUCUGAAAUUUGGCCAUCGCGCUCAGAAGUGCGCGAGGUCGAAGAGACCUCCGUGCUACCCGCCAUGUUCCAGGAAGUUUAUAGCAACAUCACCACUGGAAGCGAUGACUGGAACGAGUUGCCUUGUCCAGACACUGAGCUGUACCCCUGGGAUGAGCUCAGCACAUACAUUAAGAACCCGCCCUUCUUCCAGGGCAUCACAAGAGAGUUGCCUGCUAUUGAAAGCAUCCGCGGUGCUCGCGUGCUGCUCAACUUGCCGGACUCGGUGACAACGGACCACAUCUCGCCCGCUGGCUCCAUCGCCCGCAACUCUCCCGCCGCGCGCUACCUCGCCAAGAGCAAACUGACACCGCGCGAGUUCAACUCGUAUGGAUCGCGCCGCGGCAACGACGCGGUCAUGGCUCGUGGCACCUUCGCCAACAUCCGCCUCGUGAACAAGAUGGUGGGGCGCGCCGCACCGCGUGCCGUGCAUCAGCCGUCGGGAGAGGAGCUGGACGUGUUUGACUGCGCUGAGCGAUAUAAGGCAGAGAAUAUCCCAGUGAUCGUGUUGACGGGAAAGGAGUAUGGCUCUGGGUCAUCCCGUGACUGGGCUGCCAAGGGGCCUUACAUGCUCGGCGUGCGCGCUGUGAUCGCCGAGUCGUACGAACGCAUCCACCGCAGCAACUUGGUGGGCAUGGGCAUCCUGCCGCUGCAGUUCAUGCAGGGCGACUCUGCUGACAGCCUCGGACUCGACGGCACCGAGACCUACGAUAUCAUCUUGCCAGACACCAUCGCACCCUCCAUUACCGUCUCCGUCAAGGUUAACGGAAGUGAGCGCGAAUUCACAGCGCUGCUGCGUUUUGACACCGAGGUCGAGGUGACGUACUUCCGACACGGAGGCAUCCUUCAGUAUAUGGUCCGCAAGCUUGCCGCCUGAAUCUUCUGACUGAUUACUUCGUUCAUGGAAUCAUUGAUCGUGAUCCUCAAUGCUAUUGGUAUCUCUUGGUUUAGUAACUAGAGGUACCGUCAGAGACAAAAUGUUAUUGCUUGUAGCGCCACAAUUACGUACGGGAAUCAUAGGUACGAUGUACUCAAGUAUUUUUAGGCAUCGUUAACAAGUUAAGGUGGGAUAAUAUUAUUCGUGGGUUUAAUGGUUUAGAAGCUAAGCACAUUCUUUUCUAUAGUACUAAAAUAAACAUCGUUGUAGAUGCCAUUGCAAAGUAGAUGUCCACCCAACGGUAUGACGCAAGACGAAUUCAAUGACGAUCCAUUUAAUUACCGCGACCAUAUAAAUAACUAUAUGCGUGAAUUUGCUCUUGUACACGGGUCUCGGCCACUUUUUUCGUGAACUGUGUAAAAGCUACGUACUAUUCACACGAACUAAGAUUAUAUUUGCACUUGGGGAUACCAGGAGAAUGGGGGCAAAUCCCCGCUGAAUGAUAAACACGUUCAAUAAAUAUGUGCCACUAGGAUAUUCGGGGAUAUUCAAUGGCGAUGCUGAUCAUCUAUAGAAGUCAUUCAUCAAAUAUCCUAUUAAUGUUUAUAUAAUUGCCAAGCCAACAAACCUUGUACGGUAUCCUCAAUAAAUCGAGUGCACGCUUAAAGGAUUAAUUAAGCAUCUAUUUGAACGCUUCUUUGCAAAAUGUAUCCACGACAAUCUUACACCUUCACGCAGUUCAAUAGUUCGAUUGAGUUAUGGGUGUUUAAAAAUAAGAGACCAUCUAAAAACAGCUCCUGUAUCUCGUGGAAAUUGUGUGUUCGAUGCAUUAUUUAGCAUUUAAUAUUGUGUUACGCGUUGAGCUUUUCAUCUAAAAUAUUGUUAUGUUAUGUGCCUAUCUUUGACGCUAGAAUAUAGGAAUCAUUUUUAAUAUAAAAUUGAAGCAUUUUA